CACUGCUCGUCCUUGACGAGUAGCAGAGAGCUAAGAUGGCGGCCGCCGCAGUCCGGAGUCUGGGCUCCACUUUGGCUAAAAACCUCCGAGAGAUCCGCGUCCACCUCUGCCAGACCUCCGCGGCCAGCAAGGGGGCCAGAGACUUUGUGGAGCAGCACUACGUCACUCUGAAGAAGUCCAACCCAGACUUCCCAAUCCUGAUCAGAGAGUGUUCUGGAGUCCAGGCCCGAGUCUGGGCCAGAUACGAUUUCGGUAAAGAGAGCAGCGUAUCAGUGGACAACAUGUCAGCUGAUCAGGUGGCCAAAGCUCUGCAGACACUGGUUCAGUCCAAACCUUAACUCCACCCCCGCCGCCCCUGCAGGAAGUGGUUCAGUCCUGGAUGGACUCACCUGUUUCCUUUAGUUUGUCUGUAAAUGUGUUGAUGUGAAUAAACAUGAAUAUUAUUAAUGUCA